AGUGCCCAAGAGCUCGGAUAUUCAAGAGGGACCAUGAGAAGGUAUUGAAUGCCCACACGAUGAUGCAAUUGAUGCGAUCUAACGACUUCCAACACGACCCCUUGUCUCGGUGCAACUGCAGUCCACCCUAUAGCGCUGAGAACGCAAUUGCUGCAAGGAACGACCUCAACUUGAUCAACGGUACGUAUCCGUUCCCUGCUUUGAGCCACCGCUCAUACGGAGCCAUCGACGCCAAAGUUACCAGCUACAAACUGUCCCAGAGCUUGAGCCUGUGGGCUGUCAGCGGCCCUAGCACCGGGGCUCACCUCCCACCCUUCCGGUGGAGCACUUCCGACUUCAACCGUAGUCUGCCUCACCGUGGACACCCCGACUUGUUCAACUUCCAGCCCGUUCUCCUUCUCCUGGCCAUCCCAACAACGGACUGACUGAUUUCCUACUUUUGUACCUUUAUGUAAAUCAUGGGAUAUAAUGACUUACAUAACGUUUUUUUUUAAAUAAAAAAUAUCACUGGGGUGUAUCUAAACAUAUCAAUCUUCUCCAGGAGCUCUAAAUCCCUAAUUAAAGGUCUACCUUUCUACCCCUUCCAUCCCUUUCCCAUACUUAAGCCACCCAACUUUUCUUUUAGUUAGUUACAAUAAUAGUUUAUUGAAAGGUAGAUGACGGGUCAACAAGAUUUUACAUUGGAGAAUUAACUUGCUGGAAUCUUUUGAUCAGUGGCAAUGUAUGUGGUAACUAAGAAAUUAAAUCUGUUGUAACUUGCUUUUUCUUGCACAACCAACCACUGGCCAUUCAGUAAUAUGUGAAAUGAAAUAGAAAGUAGUAGAUAAUUUACACCCAACGCAUAUUUUCAAGUGAAUAACAUCAGUACCAAAUGUAAAUGGUCAUGUAAGAGAAGCCGAAAAAGUACUUGUUUGAUUUUGGCAAAAUGCACAAGUGAGAAGAACCUACAGGGUACAAAG